UAUGGCUAGUGGAGCAAAACAAGGCCAAUCACUUUCCGGAAACGAUGUUAUAAUUGUUCAUGGACCAGUUCUGAAAUCAUAAUGUUGUUCAUUCUCAUUAUAGCCGUCACUUUAUCAUGUUUACCAGGCAUUUCUUCCACGCAGGCGCUUGUAGUGCGAUUAAGCGGAAUAACCAAAAGAGAUGGUGAAAUCAGUGGACUGUUAGAUGUCCGGUACCGUGGAAAGUGGGGACAUAUAUGUUAUUACACCUUUCAUUCAUCCGAUGCAAGAGUAGCAUGUCGGCAGUUAGGAUAUCUGGAUGGUUCCUAUCAGAGGUAUCCCACAGUUGGGCAGAAGGAAGGACUAUUUCGAUAUAUAUCUUGCAGUUACACAAUGUCAAGACUCGAUGAAUGCUACAUAAGUGAAGGCACGCACCAGUGCCUACUUGCUUCAUUAAUAGCGUUGAGGUGCAGGGUUAACACAGCACUGGAAGGUAUGUUCAAUGCAACACUUCUCGGAAGCACCGGCCACACUGGAAUACUUGAGGUCACAUCUGAAGAUGGUAAAAAGGCUGCAGUGUGCUUUGGCUCGCCGCUGAACGACACGUCGAUUGGCAAGACCACCUGUGGGCAAAUGGGUUAUAGUGACAUAUUUACUGCAUUAGUUACAAAUCAAGAUUCCUAUAAAGGCAAUAGGUUUGUGUCCGUUUUCUGUAAUGGAACUCAGCCAACAUUAGCCUCAUGUUCUAUGACUGUCAUGACAAAUUGCCCAUCAACGAAAAUCUUGGGACUCGCCUGCAAGCUCAAUAUGACGAGACAGCAAGGAUUCGAUCUCCGUCUCUCCCCUAUUGACAGCUCACCAAGUAACGGGACAGUGGAAGUGUACACGUAUGGUAACUGGGGAGUCAUCUGCGACACUGGAUGGGACAUGAAAGCAGCUCAGGUUGUAUGUCGACAGCUUGGAUUCAGGUAUGCUGCUAAUGCUACAAAGGAUGCCUUGUUCGGUCAAGGUACUGCGCUAGUUUUCUGGAUCAAUGUCCAGUGUAGCGGGGAUGAGCAGAGUCUUGCAGAGUGUAAGCAUGAUGUGGCAUUCGAGAAAGGCGUCUGUCACUCCGUCAAUGCCUCAGGAGUGGUGUGCAGCAAGGAGAGGCUGCCGUCCAUCAAUAUUUGUUCGAAUAGACAUUAUACUCUAGCCACCGGCGUCACAUUCAUUCGAUCUCCAAAUUACCCCGGAAGUUUCAAGUAUACUAUUGGUGCUGCCUGCUACGUCGAUCUCACAUCACCUUCCAAUUUUACAAUCUACACCCACAACAAGAUGUUUCGGAACACUGAAUUUCUAUCGUUUAUCACAAAUACCGUCACCGACACAUUCUACGGCGACGACACUGCGCAAAAGGUGAUGACGUACAACACGAACAGAAUGACCAUCAAGUUUCAAGCAAAUAUCUGGACAGGAGAUAUGAAACUGAACAUUCGAGUGACAGUACCGCAGCCAGACCCCGUCACGACACCAGUGUCAGUGUCAGUUCCAGCAACAACACCGACAACGCCAGCAACGGUAGCAACGGUAACACCACGGGCACUAGGUGAAUCUCGAGGUACCGCUAGUGGUGCAAUUGGUGGAGUCGUCGGGUCGCUGAUUAUCAUCGCUAUCGUGGUUAUCCUGGGGAUUAGCCUGUGGAAAAAGGGAUUCAUUCACUUUGGCAAGUGGAACGAAGAGUACAAGAUAGAGUCCGAUGCAGCCCCCACUCAAGACGAAGCGACCACUGAAGAACCUACAGACAUCUACGAGGACCUUCCGAACAGUCAAGCCACUGUCAAUAAGGAACCAAUUUACGUGAAUAGCGCUUUUCUGCGGGACAGCCUAAGCGAAACUGCCGCAGAUAAUUCCAGUAAUCCUGGUCCUGUUGUGUUCACAUACGAAGACUUGAGGAGGAAUGAGAUCUCGGAUGACAGCACGGCUCGGGCGGAAGCCGUCCAAGAGGAUACUGAUGUGAACAGCGACAUUGUGGGAGAAUCUCCGUACGCGAAGCUUGAUGACGUUAACAGUUCAGUUUAUCUUGAUUUGCGUCAGCUAAGCGCAGAGAAAUUUUAGCCCAUAUGAUAAACGCGAUCCGUCAGUCUAUAUAUAUAUACGUGUGUGGUGAAAUUGUAAUCUAUAUUAUUUAGAGUAAUACAUAGUGAAAUUGGAUGUCUGAUUGGAUGCAUGAGAUUAUUCAUCCGAGAAGUAACGAUGGCAGUCUUGGACUCGGUGUUCACCUGGGCAUAUUUACAAGGAGCUUAAAAGGAGGACAACAGAAAUAAAGGUUUUUGAACUUUUGAAAACUUGAAGGGUUUUUCGCCAUCAGCAAUAUGCGCCCGGUGAAAGUACUUAAAAUAAUUUAUAAAGUACAAUUGUAAUUGUAUUCCGAUGCAGUUUAAUUCAUAGUAAGGAUACUGGCUCUUAGGAAAAAUGUGUGACUACCAACAUUUAAGGUACGAGGGCCCAAUAGAGACACAAACAAAAACUUUGUGAUAGCCAAACUUGACGAGGAUAAGACGUUAGAUUUGAUAUGCGGGAACAAUGCGAAGCACGCCUUCAGUGGACGUUACAUAGCCGUAACCGUUAUUGAUCAAAACCUUGCAAUUGUAUAUAUUAUUAUUUACUACUACUGCUUGGAGAAAUAAGAAGACAAUAUUGCUCCGAGGCCGAAAAUGUAUAAAUUCAUGCGAAUGAUGAGUGAAUAAUACAUUGUACAUUAUACAUAGUACAUUAUACAUUAUACAUAGUACAUUAUACAUAGUACAUUAUUCUUAAGAUGCCGCACCCUUUCAUGAAGAAGGACGAGUUGUUCCUAUACGGGCUAAGGAGGGGUUUAUUUGCCCGGUGCCUACAUCGACGAAUCGCAUGCUCAUUUUGCAAAUCCAAAUAAUCCACUAGCCGAUCAUGACUGGCUAUAUCUUCUUCUCAUGAUGUACAUUUAGU